AAAGAGAGUUCCAACUAUCAAACGAGCUAGUAUAUUCGCCUCAAAUGCUAGCUUUUUAUAAAAAAAAGAAGAACACAGAAGUUUUCCAUUUUUCAAACUUUUCACAAGAAACAGGAGAUUAUGAUAAUGAGAACAGCCUUAAAUACGUUGAAGUUGAUGACGGGUACAAUAAUAAAUCUGUACUUGAGAGCAAGGUACCUGUCGAGUCAUCAGACGAUGAGCUGAGCGAGACUUCAGAGGGAGAGGAUGAUAAGGAAGAAGAAAAAGAAGAAGAAGACGAUGAAGAAGUAGAAGAGUCAAAGGAAGUGGAUAAGGCUAAUGAUGAAGAUGAGGAAGAAGAUGAGAAAGAUGAGAAAGAUGAGAAAGAUGAGGAUGAGGCAGAAGAAGAUGGUGACAGUGAUGACGACGAUGAUAAUAAUGAAGAGGAGAGUGGAGAUCUAGGUAAAAAUAAAAAAGAUUCGGAUAAUACUGCCGAUGAUAACGACGAGAAUAAUAGAAUUGAAGUUGGAAAAUCAAAAAGCUUCAAUUACAAAACACAGAAGGUAAAUGGUGUGAAUUUAGGUGGGUGGUUGGUUACAGAGCCAUUCAUAAGUCCUUCACUAUACGAACAAGCAUCAUCAGAUGGUACAGAAGCAAAAACGCCUGUUGAUGAAUAUACAUUUUGCCAACAAUUAGGUCCACGCGUGGCCCGUGAACGCCUUAAGAAACAUUGGGAUACUUGGAUCACCGAGGCAGAUAUAGUCAAGAUCAAAUCGUACGGUUUCAACGCAGUUCGCUUGCCAAUAGGAUACUGGGCAUUUGCAAGACUACCCGAUGAUCCAUACGUGUUUGGUCAAGAAUUUUAUUUGGAUAAAACUAUCCAGUGGUGUAGAACACAUGGAUUAAAAUUGUGGAUUGAUCUACAUGGAAUUCCUGGAUCACAAAAUGGAUUCGAUAACUCCGGUAGACGAGAUGUUUACAUGUGGGCAAAUCCUCAAAACUAUAAUUUGGGAAUUCAAGUAUUGCAAUAUAUCUACGACAAAUAUGGUGGUGAAAAGUAUGCAGAUGUUGUAAUUGGAUAUCAAAACUUGAAUGAACCUUUGCACACCCGCUAUGAAGUCCCAAUGAUUGUUGAGUUUGAUCGGACAACAUAUAAUAUGUUUAGGGAGAAAAGUGAUAAUUAUUUUGUUUUCCAUGAUGCAUUUUUACCUCCGGAAUUCUGGCAUAGACAGAUAGAUGAACCACAGUUCAAAGAUACAGUUUUGGAUCAUCAUAGAUACGAAGUGUUCCAUACUACACAGUUAAAGGAAACAGUAGAUGGUCACAUCACUUCAAUCAGACUAAUCACUGAGAAGUUUUUGAAUGUUCCAAGAGUUCAGGUUGUCGGCGAGUGGUCAGCCGCAAUGACCGAUUGUGCCAAAUGGUUAAAUGGUGUUGGGCGAGGUGCUAGGUUAGAUAAUACCUUUGAGGGGAACGGCGUUAUUGGUCAGUGUAGAUUUAGUAAUGACUACAGCAAGAUGACAGAGCAAGACAAAAUUGAUACACGAAGAAUAGUCGAAGCUCAGCUAGAUAUUUUCAAUCAGACGAAUGGGUUUUUCUUCUGGACAUGGAAAACGGAAAAUGCCAUUGAAUGGAGCAUGUCGUCGCUAGCAGAACAUGGUCUUUUCCCUGUGCCUUUGACAGACAGAAAAUAUCCAAGGGUGGUUUAAAGAAUCCUGUACACUACUAAGGUAAGAAAAAAAAUCCUAUAAUGUUUCUUUUCCCUUCCCAUUGCUUUUUAUUAAUAAAGAUAUAUGUAAGCCUUUCUACUAUCAAACUCUAAAUUAUGGGUUGAACUUAGUGUUAGCGAAAUAAGGCACAGCGUGAACUCUAGUAUGGGCAAACCAAGUGGAAUCAGCAGCUAUUGCCCUAGAGACAAACAAAUCAGCAGUCUUUGAUCCCAAGUAACGCUACGGGACACGCUGAGAGUCC